AUGUUGAAAUACGUGGAGCACUGUCCAACUUUCAUUAGCCAAUGCUUCCCUGAAGCAACGCCAAAGACAAUUAUGAGAACAAUGGGAGUAAAAGGCUUGACUUUGUAUCACCUGAAGUCUCAUCUUCAAAAGUACCGUUUGGGCAAACAAGCAAACAAGGAGGUAACUGACAACUUGAAAGAAGCAUCCUGCGUAGCUGAAAAUCAGGAUACUGGUUCAUCUAUGUCAGCUUCAUCAAGAAUGAUGGCCCAAGAUAUAAAUGAUGGGUACCAGGUUACUGAGGCUUUGCGAGUUCAGAUGGAAGUUCAAAGAAGACUGCACGAGCAGCUCGAGGUUCAGAAUCGUCUCCAGCGCCGAAUUGAAGCACAAUCCAUGUAUCUUCAGUCGAUCCUUGAGAAAGCUUGUAAAGCUCUUGAAGAUCAUACUGUGGCCUCUGCCGGGUUAGAAGCUGCUGGCGAAGAGCUCUCGCAACUGGCAAUCAAAGUUGCUAAUGACUGUCAUGGCAUGAUGGCAGUCGAUCCUCCUGUACCUGAGGUUUCCACAUUUAUGGAGAGAAAAAAUUAUUCCAAUAUGCCUGCUCGACUAGGUGCCUGCUCAAAAGAUAGCAGUUUGAUGUCGAAGGGAAGUCCAGUUUCUCCUACUAUUUCUGGUUCACAGGGUGCUGCACUGAAGAAAAGACAACAACCUGUGUUUAGUGACGAGAACAUGUUGCUUUUCGACAACAGUACAAGGCCAUUGGAGUGGACGAAGUCAAAUAUUGGAUGA